AGGCGCGUGCCAUCAACUGCAGCCUCGCGUCGCUUUGGCGAUCCAACAAUCUUUCACAAAUCCCCAACUUCCUGGCGCUGUCGCGCGCACGCCUUCGAACACCCUUUUCGCGACGACGCUUUCAUCUGUGCAUCAUGCAUAUCAAGGAGAUCACCAUCCAAGGGUUCAAGAGGUAAGAACUACCUAAGCGCAGACCCAGAAAUCGGGCCUGACCGAUAUCUGCAGCUACAAAAACCAGACCGUGGUCAACCCGUUCUCCCCCAAACUCAACGUCGUCGUCGGGCGCAAUGGCUCCGGCAAGAGCAACUUUUUCGCCGCCAUCCGAUUCGUACUUAGCGAUGCCUACUCACAGAUGGGACGCGAAGAGCGACAGGCCCUCAUCCACGAGGGGUCGGGCUCUGCAGUCAUGUCCGCCUACGUCGAGAUAGUGUUUGAUAACUCGGAUGGGCGGUUCCCCACCGGAAAUGACGAGCUCAUCCUGCGCCGCACGAUCGGGCUCAAGAAAGACGAAUACUCUCUCGACCGCAAGAAUGCGACGAAACAAGAUGUCAUGCAGCUACUUGAAAACGCCGGGUUUUCGCGUGCCAACCCAUAUUAUAUUGUUCCUCAGGGUCGCAUCACCAGACUGACAAACAUGAAAGACUCCGAACGGCUGGACGUGCUGAAAAGCGUCGCAGGGACACAGCAGUUUGUCGCCAAAAAAGAUGAGUCACAGAAGAUCAUGAACGACACCAGUAACAAACUAGCUGCAAUCGAUCAGACUUUCGAGCAGAUCGAAGACCGUCUCAAGGAACUCGAAGAGGAGCAAGCAGAACUCCGGGAUUUCCAGGAGAAGGACCGGGAAAAGCGUGCAUUGGAAUACACUCUGUUCCAUCGCGAGCAAGAUGAGCUUAAUAGGGCGUUGGCAGAGCUGGAAGAUCGAAGAGUAGGUGGGAUUGACGAGGUCGAUGAGAAUCGGGAACGCUACGCACAAGGCGAGGACGAGCUGGCCAGAAUUUCUCAGCAAAUCCAGCAACUCAACCAUCAAAUCCAGGCCGCACGGCUCGAGAAGAGACAAUAUGAAGACGAAAAGCGAGAAAAGGCAAGGGCGCGAGCCCAAGUCGAGUUGGAGGAGAAGAAUCUAGUCCACGGACAGGCGGCGGCUCAACGUGCCAAGCAAGAUCGCGACCGAAAUCUGAAACAAAUUCGAGCGCAGAUACGGGAGAUCGAACAAGAACUGAGCACUGUCAUUCCACAAUUUCAGGCGGAGAGGGCAAAAGAACUGGCCGCCAAAACUCGACUAGAGGAAGCGACCGCUACGCAGCAGCGACUCUAUGCAAAACAAGGGAGGAAUGCUCGAUUCAAGUCGAAGAAAGAUCGGGACAACUGGCUUCAAACACAGAUUGACGAGACAUUCCAAUCUCUGUCCCGUUUCAAAGCCACUCGCAUGCAGACCACCGAGGGCAUCGCAGACGAUGAAAAGGAGAUUGCUAGUCUGGAGGAGGAGAUACAAGGCCUUCAGCAGCGAAUCGGCGCACAGGGCCAUUCCAUUGACCAGGAUAUCCAAGCAGCCAACGAGAAAAAGGACGCGUUGAUGGACGAGCGACGAACGUUGUGGCGCAGGGAAGCGCAGUUGGACUCGGAAUACGCGGGGGCCCUCGACGACCUUAGGAAGGCUGAACGCAAUCUGUCGCACAUGAUGGAUGCCAACACCAGCCGCGGCCUGGACGCUGUUCGGCGCAUAAAACAACAGUACAAUCUGGAAGGUUGCUAUGGGCCGCUUGCGGAGCUGAUUGAUGUUCCUCAACACCACACGGCUGUGGAAGUCACCGCGGGAGGUUCUCUCUUCCAUUACGUCGUCGACAACGACGACACGGCUAGCAAGGUCAUGGAAAUCUUGAACAGAGAGCGCGCCGGGCGUAUUACCUUCAUGCCGUUGAAUCGACUGAAGCCCAAAACGGCAAACUUCCCUAAUGCGCAAGAUGCAAGACCGCUCAUGUCGCUCAUCAACUACGACGAGAGGUUCGAGAAAGCCGUCCAACAAGUUUUCGGCAAAGCCAUCAUUGCACAGAACCUCAGUGUCGCAGCGCAAUAUGCUAGAACUCAUGGCUUAACCGCGGUGACCCCAGAGGGCGACCGGUCCGACAAGAAAGGUGCAUUGACCGGUGGUUUCCACGAUGUCCGUUCUUCGAGGCUCAAAGCAACGAAGGCGGUCAUGGCAGCCCGGGAGAAAUUCGAGGCAGUCAAGGCGGAGGGCAUCGCCAAUAAGAGGAAGGUCGAAAAGAUUGACCAGACGAUCACCAAGGCCAUGAGCGAAGUACAGAGACUCGAGCAACAAAAGAACCAGUCUCAAAGCACCCAAGUCUUACUCAAGCAAGAGCUCAGAAGCAAGAUGGACAUGCUCCAACGCAAGAAGGAAGAACUCGAAGCGAAACACAAGCAAGAGGCGUCGAUCGCGGCAAAUGUCAAGAUACUGACUGACCAACUAUCUGCUUACCAGGCCGAGUUGGGCUCAGACUUUAAGAAGGCGCUGAGUGCAGCCGAAGAGAAACAGCUAGAGAGUCUGGCAGUCAGCAUCCAAAAACUGAGGCGCGAGUACAACGAACUCUCUGCGGCGAGGGCGGAGACUGAAACCACAAAGGCUGACUUGGAAGCUCGAUUGAACUCCAGCCUGAAACCCCAGCUCGAAGCGCUCGAGACCGAUGAAGUAGACGAAGAGACUAGCAGCUCUUCCUACCUACGUGGCAAGAGAACGGAGUUGGCACGUCUGACUAAAGAGCUCAACUCUGUCCAGGGUUAUCUCGAUGAGCUUGAGGACCGGCUGGAGACUUCGGCGAUCCAGAUUGGAGAGCUUGAGGCGGAAGCGGCCGAGAUCGGACGCCAACAAGAAGGAUUGGCCAAGGCGAUCGAACGACACCAGCGCCGUCUGGAGAAAGCCGUCCAAAAGAAGGCUGCUCUCUUGGCCUCGAAGCAGGAAAAUGUGGAGAGCAUCCGCGAACUCGGCGCCAUACCUGAUGACUUGCGGAAGAAGUACCAGAAUACUGACUCGAAUGCUAUUGUCAAGAGGCUCCAAAAAGCAAAGGAAGCCCUGAAGAAAUACAACUCUGUCAACAAGCAUGCCUUUGAGCAUUAUCGAAAAUCGCUGAAGCAGCGGGAAGAGCUCACUGCAAGGCGAGAGGAGCUGCAGGCUGGAAGGUCGUCGAUCGAGAACCUAAUCACCGUUCUUGAUCAGAGGAAGGACGAAGCCAUCGAGCGCACUUUCAAGCAGGUUAGCAAAGCGUUUGCCGAGGUGUUUCAAAAGCUUGUCCCUGCCGGUCGAGGUCGAUUGAUCAUUCAACGGAAAACCGACAAGAGGCAAGCUGAGGACGAAGACGAAGAAUCGGAUGCUGAGACUGUCUACAAGCGCGGUGUUGAGAACUAUACGGGUGUGGGCAUCAGUGUCAGCUUCAAUAGCAAACAUGACGACCAGCAGCGCAUUCAACAGUUGAGUGGUGGCCAGAAGAGUCUAUGCAGUCUUGCACUCAUCUUUGCCAUCCAAGCCACUGACCCGGCACCGUUCUACAUCUUCGACGAGAUUGACGCAAAUCUCGACGCACAGUACCGGACCGCCGUGGCUGACCACCUUCUGUACCUUGCCAACAGAGCGGAGGACGAACCCGCGAAUGGCGACGAGAGACCCUUAGGGGGACAGUUCAUCUGUACAACGUUCAGACCUGAAAUGCUGAGGGUGGCGGACAAGUGUUUCGGCGUGCGCUUCGCCAAUAAUGUGAGCAGCAUUCGGGAAGAGUCGAAGGAAAACGCGCUGGACUUUAUUGAGAGCCAAACGCAAUGAUUGGGACGUGGAGGUAUUGUAUCUUUGCUGGCCGUGGAAGCGCCGUAUCUUGGGUUUCAGGGAUAGAUGAUGAUGACGACGGAUGACGAUCGAGGUCUUAACGAUAUCGUCGGCACUGGUGGCAGGGGUUAAUUGUAGAGUACUCCGUUUGCAGACAGGGGCCAUGAACACAAGGAUCUCGAGGCGGCAUGGCUCUGGCUCUGUCUCCAUCACUCGAUGUGCUGCCUGCGGUUGCCUGCGGUUGUCUCGUGUGACGGGCGAGCGCGUAAAGAGCAACGCGUCCGUGUCAACAACGCCAAGCCAUUGACGUGCCUGUGGAUCC